AUGCUGAGUUUCUCUCAAGAAGAUGAAGCACGUAAGGUGCGAUCUGACGGGAAUAGGAUUAUAUACGUUGUUGUUGGAGCUAAUAGCCAUGAAUACGAGAGUCGAAAGAACAAGAUUAAUGAUAUGGCCGGGGGCUCUCACAACGUGAUAUACGCCGGCGGAUUCGAUCACAAUCCCGGAUUAGCCAUUUUGAUGUACGAGAUGUAG